GACCCCGUAUUCGAAAUGGUCGUCCUCGGGUCAGGUGGAGGUCCCUUGGAGACUGAUUGCUCUGGUUAUCUCCUCAAGCCAGCAUCAAGUCGAUGGGAAGACGGUAUCCUCGCGUUGGAAGGAGGCUCCGGCAUAGGUGCUCUCACGAACCUUCUCAAAACGCACCCAGUCGAAGAGCUCUUCCCCAACGUAAACUUCCCCGAGACGCACAAUUCCCCCAUUUUAAAGGCGGCGUACAUCUUUUCCUUCCUCACGUGUUACCUCAUUACUCAUGCCCAUCUUGACCAUGCCGUGUCCUUGAUCUUGCUGUCCGGCUCCGUCCCCUGUAAGCAGCGCCGAACUUCGCGACAGAUGUUCAAUGAACACUCAAACGCAUCUGAGGCCACUGCGGACGAGACUGUCCCCCCAGUCCCCGCACGCAUUCCUGUGUACGCCACACAGGAAACCCUAGACAACUUGGCAGCCGCUUAUGGUGGCGGCUUAUGGCCAGAAUUGGGUGCCUGGGCGACACCGGAAGAGCUCAUGCAGUCCGGCAGGCGCAAGCGCCGCCGGACCCAAGACGAGCUCAACGGAGUGGGACCCAAGUUUUACCCGAAGCAUACUCACCUAAACGCGCACCUCCCGAUCAGCACGCUCGUCUUCCCCGUCGCUCAUGGGCACACUUCGCAAGGUCCAUACUCGUCAUCGGCCACGUUCAUCCGCCACGACCCUUCUCUCAUGGCGUCGCGGCCAGUGUCGCGUCGGGCCAGUCAGAGCGCCAUUUCAACUCCCCAGGAGGACAUGGACACAGAGACCAACGGCCUCUUUGGCACCGCUGGGAGGGAGUUCCUCUUCUUUGGCGAUGUAGAGAGCGAGUGGCGCGCGGAUCACGAGGCCGAGGUGGACAGAGACGGCGCCGCUGCUGCCGGCGCCUACAACCGAGCUAUCUGGGAGCAAGCGGCCAUGAGCUUCGGAGAAGGUCGUCUUGCAGGGAUCUUCCUGGAGUGCUCGUACGAUUCGACGCGCCCUGCGACUAUCAUGUUUGGUCACUUGUCGCCUCCUGGCAUCAUGCACGAGCUUAGGACGCUGGCCUCGUUCGUUGGAAAAGAAAGUAGCCGUCCUCUCGAAGGUCUCAAGAUCUUUAUCACGCACGUUAAAGAGUUCUUGGUCCCUCACAGGAGCGGCGUCAGUGCGCGGGAGCUUAUCAAGAUUGAGCUGGACGCGCUCGAGGCCGAGAAUCAGCUUGGUGUAACGUUUAAUGUGAUCUCGCCUGGAGAUCGUUUG